GUUUUAUGGUGAAGCGAAACUGUGCCAUCUGUGACAGGAAGACUUCUACUGCUCGAUUUUAAAUUGUCUUGACUGGGAUUUUUUUUUAUUUCCCAGGGUGUGAAACAUGCAGAGCAGUGCUUACGGGGCCUCGCUGGCCGGUGGUGCUUUUGAUUUAGAGAGCUUUGUAAAACAGCCUCAAACCAUUUUGCGGUGCCUGAGCUGGCUUUUUUCCAUCGUGGUCUUUGCGUCCAUCACAGCAGAGGGCUACAUUAACCCGGCAUCCAAGAAAGACACCCAGUGCAUGUUUAAUGAUAACGACACCGCCUGCAGCUACGGGGUGGGAAUCGGUGUCCUGGCCUUCUUGGCUUGUGUUAUCUUCCUCAUACUGGACGCCUUCUUCCCCCAGAUCAGCAACGCCAAGGAGAGAAAAUACAUUGUUAUAGGAGAUUUGGUCUUCUCAGCGGCUUGGACGUUCCUGUGGUUCAUAUGCUUCUGUGUCCUGGCCAACCAGUGGUCCAAAACCCCUCACUCCUCUGCUGUUGCUGGCGACGCCGCCCGGGCUGUCGUGGCAUUCUCCUUCUUCUCAAUCAUCACCUGGGGUCUGCUGUCUUACUUCGCUUAUGGCAGAUAUCGCCAAGGCGUGAGUGAGUUUGACCAGGAGUACAGAGACCCAGCCAAUGACCACACCACCCCGUACCCACCGGCACCAUACGCCAGCGGCCCCACAGGGUACCAGCAGUCACCUUUCUCCCACAGUCAGGAGCAGCCUGGGGAGUACCAGCCGCCAGCUUAUUAAAGGACUGAGAUUCAAACCUCAAGACGCGUGCCAAUGGUUCAUUUGCAACUGGGGCCUGUUCCCCACACUCCAAACUUUCUUCCUGCGGAACGUGUUUGCAUAUUUUUGGGUGCACUGAUCUGUUUUUAGUGUUUCAUUGUUGUAAGUAGUUUGGUGGAUGUUUGCUGCAUUGUUCCGAAUGCCACACACAGCAGGUUGACUCUGAAGACGUUUUUGUAUUGGAAGGAGAUUGGAGGAUGACUGUGCCAUUGUUAUCUUUGUACCAAAAAAGUAUAGUUGCUUCAGUGUCUCUUUUGUUUCAGUACGGAGAGAGCAGUUGUAGUAUCACAGCACGAAUCAACAAACAGGUUAGGAUUACUUUGCUGCUGGGAAAUCUGCUUUGCAUUGCUAAAAUGGACAGUGGAGUGUUUUUUAAUGAAUAUGUUACUGUCUAGUGCAUUUUUUUCAUAUACACCAGUAGAAGAAGACAAGAAACCCAUAUUUUUUAAUCAGUGGGUGCUUUGAAAAUGUUGCCACAGUAACUACUGUAAUGCUUUUAUCUUUGUUUUUUUAAUAAUCAACCACUGAAAAUGGCUGUUGUGCACUGAAAAACACAAUGUUAAUUACCAACAUUUGAACUAAGAUUGUUCAUUUCAAUGUUUUAAGACGUCUAGUCUACUACUAUUUAGUUUAGUAUUUAAGGGUGUCUUUUGUUUUUAGGUAGCCAAACCAUACAUUUAUAUCAGCUACCUCUGUAGAAGUUGAAUUCAGCAGUUCGAGCCACAAUUUGAUUUCAAGAAUUAGUGACAUUGUGGUAAAUUGACAUAUUUAUUAUCCUACUUUAUCCUGUCAGCCUGGGUACAUGACAAUCAUCAUUUUACUUUUUUCAUCUUGCUUUUCUUUUUUUCUCAAGCUGGAGUGCCUUUUUACACGUGUUGCAGUCUUUCUGUUGUACUCAAUGGCUUCACAAUAAUUCUCCAUUCAAGUGCCUUUUGCAAUAUUCUUUAUCACACAGGGUUUGCCGAAUAAAAGCUGUUCCCGUUUUGAA